GAUGGCGGCGACAGCACCCUCCUCCACAUGGCCGCGGCUCUGCCUGCUGCUGCUGCUGCUGCUGCAGGCGGUCGUCGGAGACAGCGCCUCAGCACAGCAGGCGGUCGGCCUGCAGCGCUCUCUGCCGAUCGAAGACCUCUCGGCCGAUGUCCGUGGACCUGAAGAAAGUACCGACUUGGAGGGCGGCGCCGGUGGGACGCUGGAAACGACAACGGAGGACGCAGAGUCGCUGCACAUCAUGAAGGUGCCCGCCGCCGCUGCGCCCCACGGCGGAUCCGUGCACCGGCACGAGGAUAUCCCACCAGAGCUGGCGGCGUCUGCCGAGCUGCCGGACGUGGUGCGGCUGGUGGCGCUGGCGGCGGCGCGCCUCGAGGCGGGCACGGCCUGCGGCGACCACAGCGCCGCCUUCCUGCACGCGCUGCGCAACUUCACGCUGUGGGCCGUCCAGAUGUACGACGCGUCGGUGAAGGCGCCCUCCGGCGUGCUGUACGGCUCGGUGUACCAGCUGGGCCACUUCGACCAGUGCGUGUCGGCGGGCGCGGGCGGGCUGCGCGGCCAGUACUGCCUGCCGCAGGUGCAGGCGCUGCCCGCCGAGCCGCAGCCCCUGCCGACCGACCCCUACAGCGACCGCUUCCAGCAGGACCAGUCCGCCUGGCUCAAGCUGCAGUUCGCGGGCGACCAGGUGAAGAUCCGCCGGGACAAGGGCUGGUGGGCGGUGUGCGUGCCCGCCUCGUGCUCGCCGCGGCAGGUGCAGCGCGCCCUCGAUGCAGCAUUCAGGGUCGUAGGCCCGCGCAUGCGCCUGCAACUGCGCGCGGAGCUCCGAGACGACUACUGCUCCACGGGGGAGCCCCUGCAGCCGGGCCGCUCCACCGUCAUCUUCGUGUGUCUCAUAGCAACGCUGUUGGUGUUAGCGGCCAUUGGAAGCUAUUAUGAUGAGCGUGUGAACAAUAGUGAUGUCUUCAAACCAGAGAAAAGGAAAGGUUUGGGCAGGCAGAUUAUGGAGUGCUUCUCAGUGCAGCGAAACUACCGACGGCUGACCGUCACAAAUAAAUCGAAUAUGGAUCUUGAUGUAUUCGGGUUCAUGCGCACCUUUUCCUUGCUGUGCAUCAUUGCUGGCCAUCGGCUCCUGCACUACUGUGGCUUCCCGCUUUACAACGGAGAAGACGAAGACAAGCUGUUUCGACAACCGGCUAGCAUGUUGGUUGCUAAUGGUGUCCUGUUUGUGGACAUCUUUUUCACAAUUGGAGCCAUGACGAUCACAAGCCCGCUGUUCCAGGCGCUUGAUAAAGGAGUGAAAUUCCAUCAACUCUUUCUGGGAAUAAUAAAUCGAUAUGUAAGGUUAACGCCGCUAUACGCUCUGGUGAUCCUGUUCCACUGUGGCGUGUUGCCUUACAUGGGCUCCGGGCCAUUCUGGAAGUCCACCGUGCUUCAGGAGCAAACACGAUGUGAGACCAACUGGUGGACCAACGUCCUUUAUGUCAACAACUACAUAGAUCCUGCUAAAAUGUGCAUGUUCCAGUCGUGGUACAUGUCGGCGGAUUUCCACUUCUUCAUCGUGUCCCUGUUCUUGGGGUACGUGACGUGGCGGUGGCCCGUCGCAGGCUGGGCAGCUAUGGGGUGCGUCACCAUAAUCUCCAUGGUGCUGCCCUUCAUGACGAUUUAUCUCCAAAAUCUGGACGCAUUAGUGAAGCCGUUCCCGCACGUGCUGAAGAACUUCCGCGAGACCAAAGUGUUCCAGAAGCUGUACGUACCGUCGCACAACAGAGCCACUCCCUACCUGCUGGGAGUGAUGGCCGGGAUACUGGUGUAUCGUGGAAGAAAUCUGAAGAGGAAAAUGAACGAGGUUUCAAGUUUUGUGGUGUUCGUCACAUCUUGGUGCGUGGGCGUCGCGUUACUCUUCUCUGCGUACGUUUUCUUCAUUCCUGGAAGGCCGUACAAUGCACUUGAGGCAGCAAUCUACGGUGCUCUUAAUCAUCCUGCCAUGGCAGUGCUGAUAUGCAUUUACGGAUUAUUUCCAGUCAUUUCAAACUCAAAGAUCAUUCUUAACUUUCUAUCGGCGAAAAUAUUUGUUAUCUUCGGUCGGCUCUCAUUCGCCGCUUACCUGAUCCACACCAUACCGCAGAUCUACGACCAGGGCAGUCUGCGCCAGCCACGACAUAUUGACGCAUACUCUGGGGUGUGGCUGGUGAUAGCGGACUACUGCAUCACGUAUCCGGCGGCCGCGGUGCUGUCCGUGCUGGUGGAAGCGCCCUUCCGUGGCGUUAUGAAGGUGUUGCUCCAAGGGACAAAGUGAGCGGAAAGGCAGACGUACAAGGAGGGUAGCGAAGUACAACAAUCUGUAGCAAGUGUGCCUACAAAUGCAAAAUACAUCUCAAAUCGUAUGCAACGAAGACUGUUCUCUAUGCGAAGCAUCUCUUACAUAUUAACACUCAACGUACUCGUAUUUGGAGGAAAAUCUGUUAAAUGUUGGAUAUCCUUCGCGAACUGCAUCUAUAGUUCCGUACUUAUUUGAGAUUCCUCAUACGGAAAUGAGGGAACUGCAGAGCUUUAACGGUACGAGAUAAAUUUCCCAUCCUGUCACUUCACAGUUAACACUUCAAAAGAAAAGACGAAACUAGCUCGAGUUGUGUAUUUGAAGAGUGGAGAGGGAAGUAAUUUUUAUCUGAAUUUUAACUCAUUGUUACUUUGUCUCUGCCUAUCGACAGUUUUGUAUUUGUGCCAAUGGUCCAUUUUCAACCCUAGUAACUUGUUUCACAGCAUCUAUGUCGUUAGCAGGUCUGUGAGUGAUGCAAUAUCUCCUCCUGCAAUUACGUUUCUAAGAUUGAUACGACGUAACUAACACGAUUUUUCGAUCUUUGUUACAAGGAAGUAAAAACAAAUAAAACGUCUUUUUGAAAGUGUCCCCGGCAGUCGACUGGUGAUGUGCUCCACACCUUUCUACAGCAAGGGCCGUGCUUUACAUAGUGUUGAAAGCACAACGAUAACAGACGGGAUGCCGUGUUAGCACCCUGCGGUGGAGAGCACCACUGUUCGUCGACUCCACAGCUCUGGGGUCGAGCGUUCCGGCUUACACACAGACACGGACACACGAGCACAGCCCGUUGAUCUUGUGUGAACUUCCGUAAUCGUUAUUGUAACGCACACGUUCUUGAGAUUUAAAAGACUAUACUACAGAAUCUAGUGUUUUAGUUAUUAUAUUUUUCUAGUUACAUACGUCACCAUGUCGGUUCAGUAAGAAUACCUGUACUUUAUUUUUAUACGAAACUAGUCAUUAUUCAUAGUCACUAAAGGUAAUUAACUAACUUGCAUUGGCCAGGAAGAGUGUGAGAGAAGUGCCCACGAAGGAAACAAAACGACCAGACUCCACCCUCCCCUUCCCUCCUCUUCUUCCAGGCUACCUGUGGUAAAACGUAGUGAUAGUACCUGCCGAACUGAACGUAUGGACGUGCAUCUUACAAGGGAACCUCCCCAUCGCACCCCCCUCAGAUUUAGUUAUAAGUUGGCACAGGGAUAGGCCUUGAAAAACUGAACACAGAUCAAUCGAGAAAACAGGAAGAAGUUGUGUGGAACUAUGAAAAAAAUAAGCAAAAUAUACAAACUGAGUUGUCCAUGCGCAAGGUAGGCAACAUCGAGGAGAGUGUUAGCUUACGAGCGCCGUGGUCCCGUGGUUAGCGUGAGCAGCUGUGGAACGACAGGUCCUUGGUUCAAUUCUUCUCUCGGGUGAAAAUUUUAAUUUUUUAUUUUCAGAUAAUUAUCAAAGUUCAGGCACUCACACAUAAUCAACUUCGCUCUCCAAAAUUCCAGGACAUGUUCAGAUUUGCUUGGACAUAUACAGAAUUUGACGGUCUACGCACGGAAACAUUUGAAAACGUAAAAAACAUAUGUUUUGACAGAGCACAGGGAAAACUGUGCGACUCUGAAACUGUUGCAUUCAUUUGAUGCAGUUUAUGUGACAAACUCUUAUGUUUUCAUCACUUUUUUGGGAGUGAUUAUCACAUCCACAAGAAAACCUAAAUCGGGCAAGGUAGAAGAAUCUUUUUACCCAUUCGCCAAGUGUACAAGUUAGGUGGGUCGACAACAUAUUCCUGUCAUGUGACGCACAUGCCGUCACCAGUGUCGUAAUGAAUAUAUCAGACGUGUUUUCCUGUGGAGGAAUCGGUUGACCUAUGACCUUGCGAUCAAAUGUUUUCUGUUCCUAUUGGAGAGGCACGUCCUUUCGUCUACUAAUCGCACGGUUUUGCGGUGCGGUCGCAAAACACAGAUAUUAAACUUAUUACAGUGAACAGAGACGUCAAUGAAUGAACAGACAGAACGUAACUUUGCGAAAAUAAAGAAAGUAAAAUUUUCACUCGAGGGAGGACUCGAACCAAGGACCUUUCGUUCCGCAGACCACGGCUCUCAUCAGCUAUCAUUGUCCUUUAUGUUGCCUAUCUUGCACAUGGACUACUCAGUUUGUAUAUUUUGCUUAUUUUUUCAUAGUUCCACACAACUUCUUCCUGUUUUCUCGAUUGAUCUGUGUUCAGUUUUUCAAGGCCUAUCCACUGUGUCAAUUUAUAACAAAAACUGAGGGGGGUGCGAUGGGGAGCUUCCCUUGUUAGUACUAGCAUCUACCAGGGAACUCCACGGACACGUUAGAUUCUGUCUAAUUGUCGUCCUAUCGGGCAAACAUGAUCUGCAUUGCUUGACAUAUGCCUAAGCUAAUGUUAAAUCAAAUGAUAUAUGCGUUUCACCGUAGUAGAGAGGUUGUGAAAACUCACAAACUAAAAUUUAUGAACUAUUCGUCACCGGACAUUUGUAUAAUCACAUCACAAAGAAAGUCUAUGACCACAAGAAGUCGUAAAACGCCCCAGAAGAAAGCUGUUGUACGAACCACGUUGGCGGUGAAGUGUCGAUUGGAGAAUUCACAAGAUCCUUUGCGCAAAAAUAAGAUUAAAACUGAACAAAAAUGUGUGGUCGGGUGGGUUGGCGAGGGGGAUGGGGUUGGAGAGGGAGGGAUUUGGGGGCAGACAGAACUCCCUCGGGGUCAUAACAGAUUAUGAAAGGGGAGACCGCUAUGUAGAAUAGCUGUCUGACUCAAGUGCCCAUCACACUAUUCCCUUUCAUCAGCUGAAGAGUCAAUCUAUGUCCAAUAAAAAUACAAGGAACUAGAUCAGUUCGAAAACUAAACUAAUUCAAUGUGACAAAAAAUGUAACUAUUCAGUCAUGAAUCAAAGGAGACCAUGAGAUUUUGUAUAAAUAUAAUCGGUCAACACCUGAGUCAUUUCCAGUUAUGUUUUCGGUAAACUUCACACCUAACUUGUUUUGCGGACGCUUCAGUUUUACCUUGUAUAUUUUGAAGGUGCUACUUACAUUGUGUGUCAUUUU